AGAUCUAGGUCUAAACCAGAGAGUUUUUCCCUCUCAGUCUAAACAUUCAGAAUUCGGGUUGGGUUUUUUUUACACUCUCCGUACUUUCGACUUUCGACCGGAAAUGGGGAAUAAAAAUGGGACCCUACUUUCGAAAUUUCGCUAGCCUAGGUUCACAGUUCACGUUUUUCAUAAACAAGAUGGCGACCUGCAUGAACGUAAACUGAGAAUUGUUUUGUAAUUUAUUGAUGUGUCCCCCUUGCUGCUUUACAAAGUCAAAUAGCCCUGUUCGCAAACAGCCCCGAGGCUGCGCUCAAGAACAAUGUUCUUCAGAAUUAUUCGUGGGGCCUUAGUGCUAGUCACUACAGCUGUUGCCAUUCCCUACACUGUAGCGAUCGUCAGCAACAUUCUGCAUGGCUGGCCACAGAUGAAGCACAAGUACAGACGAGCUUUAAGCCCCAGGAAGGUCAUGGGCUUGAAUUACGUUAUUAUUCAGAUGCUAAGAGAUAAAACGAAAUUGCUACCCCUAUACCUGAAGUUUAAAAAGUUUUACAAAAACGCAGAUCCUCGGAGGGUUUAUAAGAACCUGGCAUUUGGAAGAAAUGACUGCACGUUGGACUUAUACCUCCCAUGUGACAGAGACCCGAGCCAGAGGUUACCCGUGAUCAUAUUUGUGUACGGCGGCUCGUGGAGCUCAGGGGAUAAGAGCAUGUACGGGCUGUUGUGCUCUCAGCUUGUGGCCAAGACUGGAGCCGUCACCAUCUGUCCCAACUAUUCCGUCCACCCAAAGGGUUAUGUUGACGAUAUGAUUCAAGAUGUUGUGGACUGCAUUAGCUGGGUUCUUGACAAUAUUGAGGAAUAUGGUGGAGAUAAGAACAAGAUCAUCCUGAUUGGUCAUUCGGCUGGUGCUCAUCUGUCGGCCAUGGCAAUCCUAGAGUUACUACACGACGAGAGGGUCAGCGUCCAGCCUGGUUUCCGCUUUCAGCCAGCCGGCGGCCAAAUGGACGAGCUGGCUUUUGCUGAGAGCCAUUACGGGAGGUUGAGUACUCUGGAGAGAAACCGGGAAGGUCUUGAGGACAGCUCGGGGUCAUCAGAGUCGUUUGCUGUGGUCAGCGAGAAUGGUGGAGCACUGGAGCAGUCGAUGGGUGGGUCGCUGGAGAACAGUGGUGGCGCCGCCAGUCUCCUCGGCAGUAGCAUCAACUCGGAAUUCCUAGAGUCCAGUGCAAACUCGGAAGGGUUGAGUUCUCUGAGCGCCAGCACAGUGAUGGUGGAGGCCGGGGACGGUGACGCGCCUGGUGGGGAGGAGUCACAAUUGACAGAGGCGGCCGUCGACUCCAUGGCUGGGGCCGGCCAGGAGCUGCUCGGUGCAGGGGACGCAGAAGACAAGGCUAUCGCUGCCCAGGAUGCGGAAGAGGUAAAGAUUGAACAGAGGUUGACCCCUAAGUCUGGUAGCCUAGGGGACGACGAAGAAGAGAUUGAUGAUGACAGUGGUGACAACGAUUCUGUAGUUACUGUGAAACCAAAGGAUAUUGAUCGCCAUGCCACGCUGGUGGACAUGUGCAAAGCUGUAAAAGCUUUCAUUGGACUUGCUGGUGUGUACAGUAUACGGGAUCACUUUGAGCACGAGGCAAUGCGGGGCAUAGAGGACGUGUCUUCCAUGGCUCGGGCCCACUACGGCGAAGAUCACUUUGAGCGUUUCUCACCCACUGAGAUCCUGAGGAGUUUAGGCAGAGGCCUUAGUCUUCCCGUGAUGGUGUUGGUUCACGGCUCCGAUGACUACAUUGCCCCAGUCUCCGCCACUCAGAAGUUUGCCUCAGCUCUUGCUGAGAUCUCAGCGAGUGUAAAGGUGAAAAUCAUACCAGACUGCAACCACUAUGAAAUCUGCGUGGAUCUAAUGGAGUCUCAGCGCAAAUUCUACUCCCACGUCAUGGGUGUCGUCAUGGAGACUGUCGCAGCUGUGUCUUGAUAGUGGCCUGGGUACUUCCUACAGCGGAUUUUGUAUAUUAUAUAAUAAUACGAACAUCACAGUUUAGAUUUGCUGAAGUCUGCACAGUUCAGCUCCCGUUUCAGGCUAAGUCUGUUGUGAAUAUUACUAUGAAUUUCUAUUUAAGUUUCCAGUGUAGCAGUUAACAUGUCAUUUAAUUGUGAAGCGGUUUUAGUAUUUAGACAAUACAUUCUGACUUUUUUCAACUAUAUUGAAAAA